AUGCCAAGCGGGAUGAUGGUUGGAUAUACGACGCUAUGGAAGCGGCUUUCGCCACGUCAAUUGAACGUGGCCAUCCAGGCCUUCUCUCUCAUCUCGAUCUUCUUCGAGGGCUAUGACCAGGGUGUCAUGGGCGGCGUGAACGCCGCGCCAACAUACGUGACUGAGGUUGGCAUCGGGACUGCAGAUGGGACAGUCACCAACACCACGCACCAGGGCGGCAUUGUUAGCGUAUAUUAUUUGGGCGCCAUCUUUGGAUGCUUCGGCGGCGGUUGGCUUGCUGACAGGAUCGGACGCAUCAAUGGCCUGCUCGCUGGCUCUUUAUUUGCGCUUGUUGGCGGCGCACUGCAGGCUGCUGCCCAGAACUCGAACUUUAUGAUCUGCGCCAGAGUUGUGACGGGGAUUGGCACUGGUGCUUUAACUGGAAUCACCCCUGUUCUCGUUUCUGAAACAAGCUCGGCAAACCAUCGGGGUGGUUUUCUCGGCUACGUCUUUAUUGCUAACUAUCUAGGAAUCUCGGUUGCCUACUGGAUCUCGUUUGGGCUCGCAUUUGUCAAUAAUGGGUAUUCAGACGUUCGAUGGCGAUUCCUACUCGCGUUCCAAUGCUUCCCUGCUCUGUUUCUUGUGCUGUUUAUCAAAAUGCUGCCGGAUAGCCCCCGCUAUUUGGCUUCCGUUGGACGGAAGGAAGAAGCUCGUGAUCUCUUGAUUCGGAUUCGCCAGGGCAGUGCGACUUCGGACGAGAUCGAUCGGGAGUAUCUUGAAAUUAUCACCACUGCACGAGAGAGUAAACCUAGCUCACCUGUUCAAUUUGCGAAGAUCCUAUUUGGACAAGGAGGACGACCCGGCACGAAUCUAGCUCGUCGAGCAUGGCUAUGUGUCUGGCUGCAGAUUAUGGCCUCGUGGACUGGUAUUACGGCGGUUACGGCAUACUCCCCGGUCCUCCUGAAGCAGGCUGGAUAUAGCGAUAUCAAGCAGAACGGUCUUGCGGGCGGGAUCAACACAAUUGGCAUCAUCGGAACGAUCAUCAGUGCGCAAAUCGUCGAUCUUCUGGGACGCCGAGUAUGCUUAAUGGGCGGUGCCGGCGUCUUGUCUACUGUCAACCUCAUUGCUGGGGCCGUAUAUGAAGGAUCACUUCACCACCCCGAAAAUGCAGCCCGAUACGCGCCAGGUGCGGUCACAAUGCUGUUCUUAUUUAACAUCGGGUAUGCGGCUACCUGGGGUACUGUCGCGUUUCUGUUCCCAACGGAGAUCUUCCCUAGCGACUUGAGAGCCCAAGGAAAUGGUUUCGGCAUCACUGGCUGGGCUCUUGGUGUCGGAAUGACAACGCUUGUCAACCCGAUCAUGUUUGAUAGCCUGAAAAGUCGCACCUACUUCUUAUUUGCGGGCCUCAACCUACUUUGGAUUCCGAUUGUUUUCCUCUUCUACCCCGAAACCCGCAACCGCUCCUUGGAAUCCAUUGAGGCGCUCUUCUCGACGGCGAGUCCAUUCUACUGGAAGAUGGAACAGGCUUACAAACUCCAUGGGGAUGUUCUCGCCGAGCACGGAGUGUCUGAGGACUCCUCUGACGCCGGUCGGAGCGAAUUAAUCUCUGCUGAAAAGCAGGAGCCGGAACACACUCACGUUUGA